AUGGAUAAGCUCAUGACAAAUAAUAAGGUUGCAUUGUCAAUUGUUUUGGUUGGAGGUCUAUGCUCUUUAGCAUUAUAUCAGAUGAAAAAAAAAAUAAACUUGGGAUAUUGUUUAUUUUCAAAAAGAUGGUUUAGUGAAUUUUCUUUAAUGUGGCCCGGGCAAUCAUUUAGUUUGGAAAUAAAAAAAAUUAUAUACCAAGGAAAGUCAAAGUAUCAGAAUGUUAUCGUGUUUGACAGUACAACAUAUGGAAGAGUACUAAUUUUAGAUGGUGUUAUACAACUCACUGAAAAAGAUGAAUUUGCAUACCAUGAAAUGAUGGCACAUAUUCCUAUGAAUGUAGGAAAGGAUGCAAAGAAUGUUCUGAUCGUUGGAGGAGGAGAUGGUGGUAUAAUAAGAGAACUAUGUAAAUAUAAACAUAUCGAAAAUAUAGAUAUUUGUGAGAUUGAUGAAAUGGUUAUUGAUGUUUCAAAAAAAUAUUUUAAAGAUAUAAGUUGUGGCUAUGAAGAUAAAAGAGUAAAUGUAUUUAUUGAGGAUGCUAGUAAAUUUUUGGAAAAUGUAACUAAUACUUAUGAUGUUAUAAUUGUAGAUAGUUCAGACCCUAUAGGACCAGCUGAAAGUUUAUUUAAUCAAAACUUUUAUGAAAAGUUAUAUAAUGCUUUAAAACCAAAUGGAUUUUGCGUAUCUCAGUGCGAGUCUAUGUGGAUUCACGUUGAAACAAUAAAAAACAUGAUUGGAUAUGCAAAAAAAAUGUUUAAAAAAGUUGAAUAUGCAAAUAUUAGUAUUCCCACGUAUCCAUGUGGAUGCAUAGGAUUAUUAUGCUGCUCUAAAACAGAUACAGAUAUGUCAAAACCAACCAAAAAACUAGAAUCCAAAGAUUUUGAUAGUUUGAAGUAUUACAAUUAUGAAAAUCAUUCUGCCGCAUUUAAAUUGCCCGCAUUUGUUUUAAAGGACAUUGAAAAUCCAUAA